AUGUCAUCGGCGCGACGUGCAAGCUCCAUGCCGCCUGAGAUCAACACGAAGGACCCGAAGGUGCGUGCGGAGCUCUAUAUGGCGUCGCACGGCAUCAAGGAGCUGUUCGAGGGACUGGGGACUCUUUUACUCUACCACCGUCCGACCAACCCUCGCGAGUUCCUCAUCCAGCAACUGGGCGAGAUGCGGAAAGCCAAGCAGGAGCAAAGUCAUAUCCCGUUCUUUGAGGAGCACGAUUUAAAGGCCAUGUUCGCUGCGUUCGAUGUCAAAGAGCAGGGCUUCAUCACCCCAGCGCAGUAUGAUCGAGCUCUACACAACCUCGGAAUCGACAAUCCAACACUGCGUCUGCCCGAGUCCGCGUCAACCAUCAACCAAGCUCUCUUCAUCCGCAGCGUGACGCAAGAGAUCAAGAACGCUUCAGCUUCCUUCAUGUGA